ACUUUUUGGUCGGUUUAAUUCCUUUGUUAGCAGUUCAGAUUUGAAUUUGAAAAUAUCAUGGUUGCAGUUUUUAGGUGUUGGAUGGCCGCAAGGAGUGCUUUAAUCCGCCAAAAUACCCUCGGAAAGUGCGUUUGCAGUUCACAGAGGAUAUCUUCGAAUUGGUCUUUGGAAAUCAGCUCUCAUACCUUAUUCAUUCCAUAUGUGUCAUUAACGUUUUUGCUGGAAUGAUCUUGAAUAAAUAAAUACAAAUACAGUAUUCUACCAGCAGCUCUCCAUCAUGUUGGAAGCCUAAAAGUAUUCUUUAUAUGUGAAGUUCAGUGUGAAUAUUCUGAUAUUAAAACAGGAAGAAUGUGUUUAACAAUCUCUGAUAUUUUUAACCUGGUGCAUGUGUGAUUGUGAGAAGUGCUGUCCAAGAAGGUUAGAGAUAGAGAUGUGAAAGCAAGCUCUCCAAAAAUAGGAUUCAUUGGACUUGGUAAUAUGGGACGUCCAAUGGCUCAGAAUGUUCUUGCUAAGUACCAUGAUUUGUUGGUUUAUGAUGUUCACCAUGAAGCAGUGGAAUCGUUAAAUGAACUGGGAGCUACAGUAUCACAAAGUCCAAAGGAUGUUGCAGCACAGGUUGACUACAUUAUUACAAUGUUACCAAAUAAUGCAUGUGUUCUGGAAGUAUAUCAGGGAGAAAAUGGUAUCUUAAAGUCUGUGAAGAAAGGUGCUCUACUGAUAGACAGCAGUACGGUUGAUCCAGAUGUGUCGAAGGCAGUGGCAGCGACAGCAGAAGCUCAGGGAGUUAUGUUCUUAGACGCACCAGUGUCAGGAGGUGUAAAUGCUGCAAGAUUAGGUCAGUUGACAUUUAUGGUGGGAGGACCAUCAGAAGUGUUUCCUGUAGCACAAGAUCUUCUCUUCACAAUGGGUGCAAGAGUUGUUCACUGUGGUCCAGUGGGAUCUGGUCAGGCUACCAAGAUCUGCAACAAUAUGCUGCUAGGAAUUAGCAUGAUAGGUACAUCAGAAGCAAUGACUCUUGGAAUUAGAUUGGGUCUUGAUCCCAAGGUCCUGAUGAAUAUAGUCAAUUCUAGUUCUGGGCGCUGCUGGUCAUCUGAAGUUUACAGUCCUGUUCCUGGCACUAUGAACAAUGUACCCAGUUCAAAUGAUUAUAAGGGAGGAUUUGGUACAAAACUAAUGGCAAAAGACCUGGGUCUUGCACAGGAAGCUGCUGCUAGAACAACUACCCCAACUCCUCUGGGGUCUUUAGCUUAUGAAUUAUACUGCACCAUGGUGGAUAGUGGAUUUGCUGAUAAGGACUUCUCAUCUGUAUAUCAGUUCCUAACAAGAAAGAAAGUGACCAUUAUUAUUGGGCUUCCAUAUUCUAAGAUGAUCCAAUAAAAGGCCCAGCAUUGCAUAAUAUGUUUUGCAACUAUAACAAGUUGAUAUAUUUCCACGUUAAACAUUAAUUAAAACAUCAGGAAUAAAAUGCCAUAGAUUGUUCAAGCGUGUGUUUCAUGCAUGGGAAUGUGUUUGUCAGCCUCUGAGUUGUGUUUAAAAUCAGAAUAUUUCUAUGCAUUACAGUUACAAAGUAAUAAUCAAUACAAAUUCAACUAUUUCACAAACAGAUUAUAUAUUUGAACAAGUUAGUUAGAUAAAGAUUUGGAUUAAAGUGCUUUUAUAUAAGAACAGUAUUUACCAAACAAUUUUAGGAAAAUAAUAAUUGUACAAUGAUCUUUUCACAUUGUUAAUUAAAUGAUCUCUGGGUAUGUCCUUAUAUAUUACAGGACAUUAAACUUUUAAUUAAAUUUCUGUGUCCCUUCACAUUUCACAUAUUUUCACUAGAAGGAUUGCUUUCCCUUUGUUCUGGUUCCCCUGUUCUGGGCGUACAUUGCAGUUGGGACCAGUCAUUUUACAUAUCCAAGUUUUUAUACGUGCACACACAAGUUUAUCUUACGUAUCAGCAUAUUUUAUUUAGAUACUGAAUUUUCGUUGUAACAUUUAUGGCAGACAACACCUAAAGUGGAAAUGUCUUAGGAGGAGGAAGAAGAAGAUUGACAUUUAAGGGUUAGGACAAACAUUUUAAUUUUCUUGGAAAGUGGUUUAUAUUACAAUGUCAACAAAACCUGUAACUGUUUAGGGCAGUUAUGUUAAAAUAAUAAUACAAAGGAACAUAUUUGCUGUCCCCAUUUAGUUUGACUAAUAUGUAUUUUGUCUUACUUUUUAUUUGUAUUAUUUCUUUUUAUAUGUUAUGGCAGUGGAUUAUAGUUUGUUCAAUAAAAUGUAUGUUUAAAUGAA